ACCAACACAUAGAAAUACGGAGUUACCAGUGUUCGACAAUGGUCAUUGCUACCUAAAGUGCUGACAUUAAAUCCAUAAAUACGAUAAUAUUUUCAUUCUCCAAAGAUAAUCGAAGAGCAGUGUCUAGUGUAAUUAAGUAUAUGCCAGUAAAUGUGCCAUGAAAAGAUACGACUAAAACCGUAGAAUGUAUGUGACGCGGAGAAGAAGGACCUGAAGCGCAGUGUUGGCAGUUGACCGAAGUUAGCUAGGUGAAAACGAAACACAAUCUUUUCUGUGUUAUUCUUUUGCCGAAUAAUAAGAGAAAACUUUUGGUAUCAUGUGUAUGGGCUUCAUCACCUUGCGAUAAUGCUCUGAGUGGAUGGUCUUGGGUUCUCAAUGAACAAUUGGAGGGAAAUGGGUUCGAAUGGAAUAUUGAGGGAAGCACUCUGGAUGACAAGAGAGAGCCAUAGUAUUAAUUCUCCCGGCAUGAUAAAAUAAGGGAGAAAAUAAAAAAAAGUAUAAAGGGAGAUGAGCCAUAACAUUGCAGGCAUGCCACCCUUUACCAGGAUGCCGCUAGGUGGUAUGGGCAUGGGAGUGGGCAUGGGACCAAAUGCUCCACAUCCAGAGCCAAAUGCCCAUCCUCAUCCUCCGUUACCACCACCAGCCGGUGCUAAUCCUAAGAAGAAGAGAAGGACUAAUGCCAAUGUUGCACCACCGGCACCACAGCCACCACCGACGGUCCAGGAUUUAUUGCCCCCACCUCUCUCGGGUUACGGUGACACAAUAGUGGCGAGUAAUCCAUUCGACGAUACGCCACCUCAAAGUGCUCAAAAUCCAAUGAUGCACGGUGGCCCACCGCACAUGCACCCUCACCAUCCUCACCACAUGGGUGGUCCACCGAUGAGAGGAAUGAGUCCAUUGACACCAAUGAGUGGAAUGUCCCCAAUGAUGCCCCACAACAUGGGAAAUAUGAGUCCAAUGGGCAACUCACCGAUGGGCAAUCAUAUAAAUCACAUGGGUGGUAUGUCCCCGAUGAAUCACUCACCCAUGGGAGGCAUGAGCCCCAUGAACAAUAUGGGCCCAAACAUGCCACCGGGGCCGAUGAACAGUAUGAACAAUCACAUGAAUAUGGGCCACAUGGGAAAUGCACCGAUGAGUGGUCCACCAAUGGGCAGUCCCAUGAACAGUGGACCCAUGGGUAGUCCCAUGAAUAAUAUGGGCCACAGUAUGGGGAGUCCGAUGGGUGGGCCUCUGGGCUCACCCAUGAAUAGCAUCCCUGGAAACAAUCACAAUCACAUGCCUAAUGGACCAAUUAAUAUCAACAACAUUAACAGCCAUAUGCCGCCUAACAGUCCACUCAAUGGGCCUCCCAUGAACAAUGUUAACAGCCCGUUAAACCACAAUGGAUCACAACCGCAUCCCAAUCAUAUGGGAAAUAAUCUCAGUAAUUUAGGAAGACCCAUGAAUGGACCCAUGACCACCAUGAGCUCUAUGGCACCUAAUAACAUGAACAUGUCUGGGUCUAAUUCCAUGAGCAACAUGAACAUGGGCGGCCCUUCCAUGAACAGCAUGUCCAAUAUGAACAUGCCACAUCCCAAUCAAAUGGGACAUAUGGGUGGACCCAUGGGGGGCAUGGGGAAUAACAUGAGUGGAGGACCACCCAUGGGCCAUCCCAUGAGUAUGGCUGGCAACAUGCCCCCUCAUGGCUUCCAGGGACCUCCUGGUAUGGGACCCAAACCCAUGCCUGUUUCUGCGGGAAAGAUCUAUCCUGCUGAUCAACCCAUGGUUUUCAACUCGCAAAACCCAAAUGCACCGCCUAUUUAUCCUUGUGGUGUAUGCCACAAAGAAGUGCAUGAUAAUGAUCAGGGAAUCCUUUGUGAAUCUGGCUGUAAUUUCUGGUUUCACAGAGGAUGUUCAGGAUUAUCAGAAGCAGCCUUCCAGCUACUAACACAAGAGGUUUACGCGGAAUGGGUGUGUGAUAAGUGUUUACAGUCUAAAAACAUACCUCUGGUCAAAUUCAAGCCAUAACACCUCACAGUUGGUCGUUCCACGGACACACAAGUGACAAAUUGUUAAAGUUUAUUACUCUAUAUUACACACUUUUUAAUAAGAAAAUUGGAGAUGGAAAAUAUGGUGUGCAAACAGCACUGAACUCACGCACUUCACUCUGAAUACUGUGCAAGAUAAUCGGGAAAAUCGAGGAGGGGGAGGGAGGGCCGAAGGGAAAUCGCCACUGGACGAUUCAAUAUGGAGCCUACGAUGUUUGUUAAUGACUUUUAGCUUUAACUUGUUGAAAACUUAGGAUAUUUCACUGCAAGUGCGAGCAGGCUAUGUGACGUUUACAAUUUGAGUGUAAAUGUGGCUCAGAUGCUGACGUACACUUGCCAGUUUUUCACUCGAGCAGUGUAAAUUAAAUUUUCCUCUCAAAUGAAAUACGUUUCACCGAAUCUUGCAUCUCCGACAGAUCUCCGUUAGCUCGAAAGAAAUAAAAGCACACUGAAAAUAACGUGACAAAGUAAAUUGUAAAAAGCAAACGCGAAGAGAUACUUCGAGUCUUUUAUUCUAAGCAUUAUUGUCUAAGAGCUGAUCGCCAGGAAUUCGUAUUCCAAUGGGUGUCUAUCUGUAUAAACUAACGCAAUUAUAGAACCCAGAGAAUAAUUGGUACAAAAUGAAAAGCGUAAACUAGGAUUUUUUAAUCAUUCUUUUGGCCAAAACAAAUUAUUAUGAUCUGUGAUUUUAUUUCCAUUUUAAUUGGACCCUAUUGAGAAAGUUUCUUCUUGUGUAAAUCUGUAUUUUUAAAAAGUAUGCACUGGCCUGUACAUCAAAUUGUAUAUUAAUUUCUCAUGGAUAAAUAGCUUACGCAAUUUUUGAGAGAUGAUGCUAGCCUAAAGAUGGUUUUUAAUUUUAA